AUGCAACGCAAACUCGACAUCUUGAUCGUCGGCGCUGGCCUCUCUGGGCUCGCCGCCGCGAUACAAUGCGCAUUGUCAGGGCACUCAGUCACUGUAUUGGAGGGCGCAAGGGAGCUGGCUGAGAAUUGGUCCGUAUACGAUACCAUCCGCGAUCAAGUCUGCGAACCAGUCACAUUGACCGUACACAAUUACCGCGGCAAGAUCCUUGCGCAUGAAGAGAAGUUUGAUGCGAACAUCCGGCGCAAAUAUGGAGCGCCAUUUUCCGAUUGUCAUCGCGUGGACCUGCAGCAGGCGCUGGUCAAGCGAGCGAAAGAGCUAGGUGUAGUUGUUGUAUUGAAUGCGAAAGUAACGAAUGUAGACUUUGGCUCAACAACCGGUGACAGAGCGCGUGUGAAAAUCUCAGAGGGUCAGAAGUACGAUGCCGAUCUCAUCGUUGGAGCAGAUGGACUAUGGUCCUCGUGUCGAUCUACGAUGCUAGGGCGGAACGAUCCUCCGCUGCCUACUGGCGACCUAGCAUAUCGCAUCGUACUCAAGAUCGACCAGAUCAGCGAUCCGAAGCUGAGAGAGAUGGUGCAAUCGCCCGCAUGUCGAUUCUGGGCAGGACCAGAUGCACACGUCGUAGCAUACAGUUUGCGCGGCGGCAACAUGUACAAUGUGGUUUUGCUCGUGCCCGAUGAUCUUGAAGAAGGCGUCGCCAGGACAGAGGGCAACUUGGACGAAAUGAAGAAGUUGUUUGAGGGAUGGGAUCCAGUGUUGACCCAACUACUUGAGUGUGUGGACAAGGUGGACAAGUGGAAAUUGAUGCACCGGGCCGAGAUGGAGUCCUGGAUCAACCUGCAAAAUAAUCUUGUGCUCAUCGGGGAUUCAUGUCACCCGAUGCUUCCGUAUCUCGCUCAAGGCGCAAAUUCUUCUAUUGAGGACGGUGCCGUUCUGGGACUCCUACUUGCCCCGGAGCAUUUCAGCUCAAAGAAGCAACUGCCACAUACACUUCGGCUCUUCCAACAAUUACGGAAAGCGCGCGGCGAAGGUAUCGCCCGGGAGACGUUCAAGCAGCGAAAAGACUUUCACCUCCGCGACGGGCCAGAACAGGAAAAGCGGGAUGAACAGAUGUUAGGUCAACUUGGCAAGGAACUCAAAGGCGCGUUUCCAAGUCGGUGGACAUGUCCCGAGGUGCAACCCUGGCUAUACGGAUAUGACGCGAUGGAGGAGGUGAAGGCGGCUGUGCGGGCAAAGUCGUCGUGA